UCAGUCAUCCCGCGAAAAAAACGGCUGGUCUUCUCUCUGGUCCUUUGUUAAUAUUUUUGGACCACUAUCACAAGCAAGUCUUCUAAUACCUCUGUAGAAAAGCCUCUGCACAACAACUUCCUCUCAUUUCACUCAUGGACAAACAAGGCCGAGAAUUGGCAUUCUUGCACUCCGGCGAUUUCCUUCAUCAGAACCCUGGUUUAUCUGAUCGUCUAACCCACAAUUCCGUCGAUCCCAGCAACUCCAUGAUCAAAGAAGUGGAUUUCUUCUCAAGAGAUAGGACUGACGAUAAAUUUCCUCGUGAUCAAGAGAUUAAGGAUGGAUCAUCAUCUGUUCUUGUCCACUCCGUGGUAAACACUGGACUGAAUCUCCUCACUUCGAGCUCCGGGCUCUCAGAAACAGCAAGUGGAAACAAACCCAAUUAUGAACUGAAGAAAUUACAGGCCGAGUUAGAUAGUCUGUACGAUGAGAACAAGAAGCUGAGAAGCUUGUUGGAUCAGAUUACGAGAAGCUACAAGGACCUACAACUACAGCUACUCAUGGCAAUGCAAAAACAAGCACAGGGGAGUCGAGGAGAGCAGAAAGGAGAGCUGAAUAAUGGCAUCUCAAUACCCAUAAUGUCAGCCAAACAGUUGGUGGUCCCACGUCCAUCUGCCGCAUUAGAUGUCAACGAUAAUUCAGUAUCUGAAGAUAAGGCACAGGAUAUUUCGGCAUCUCCAACAAUUAUUCCUGAAGCUAUGUCUCAAAUAAAUCCAGGGAAACAAGCUUCGACAGAGGAUGGUCUUGAUCAGACUUCCCAGAGUUGGGGAUCUCCCAAGAGUCCGAGAUUAGAAGAAGGAAAGGGCGAGCAGAAAGUCCCUGAAGUCCCCUUCAGGAAGGCUAGAGUAUCUGUGCGAGCAAGAUCUGAGGCUCCUAUGAUCACUGAUGGGUGCCAGUGGAGAAAAUAUGGUCAAAAAAUGGCCAAGGGCAACCCUUGUCCGCGUGCAUACUAUCGCUGCACCAUGGCGGCUGGAUGUCCAGUUCGUAAGCAGGUUCAAAGAUGCGCAGACGACAAAACGAUUUUAAUUACAACAUAUGAAGGAAAUCACAACCACCCUCUUCCACCAGCAGCGACGGCUAUGGCUAGUACUACCUCUGCUGCGGCAGCGAUGCUUCUCUCAGGUUCCACCACAUCCAAAGAGGGCCUACCUUCGAAUAAUAGCUUCUUCCCUUCUUUACCCUAUGCGUCCACAAUGGCUACUCUAUCUGCGUCUGCACCAUUUCCCACCAUAACCCUUGACUUGACACAGAGCCCAAACUCCACACCUUUCCUUCGCCCACCUCCACCAACCACAUUUCCUCUUCCUUUGCAUGGCUGUCCACAACUGCUUGGCCACCCUAUGUAUGCCCCACCCAAGCUACCAGCAGCCGCAAUUCCAUCGUUGCAAUUAGGGCAACGACACGCUUCAAUGGUUGAGACGGUAACAGCUGCCAUUGCUUCUGAUCCAAACUUCACGGCGGCCUUGGCGGCAGCCAUCUCCUCAAUUAUUGGUACACAGAGAAGCAAUAUUGAUGGAAGCAGCAACACAAAUGCUCCUAACGGGGGCCUAACCGGAUUGCCUGGGUCCCCACAACUUCCUCAAUCUUGUACGACAUUCUCCACCAACUAGGGUUUUCUGGUUCUUUGAGCUCUGGGUUUAAGUUAUUGGCGAAUAACCGUGGAUCUUUUGUGAAGUUGGUAAUGGGUGCAACGUGGCCAUAGAGAUAAAUUUUGGUGAACUUGAGCUAAGACCAAUAAAAAGAAAUUACUGUAUUCCUGUGUAGAUGAUAUGUAAUGCAUACUUAGCUGUGUUUGGCGUGAAUGUAUGUAUAUUUUACAAGUGUUAUUACUUAGUAGGGUAAGCUUUUGAAAGCUUAGAGUGGGGUGUAAGAAUGAACUAUGAAAAUGGAUCUACAGAACUAGCUAGAAUGCGAUGUAUUCGGCAAAAGAGUAUACAUACAGCAUAUGUAUAUAACAUAGCAUGGUAAAGUCCAUACUUGAUCAUGGAAGGGAAUUUUAUACACUUUCUUUCUCAGAA